AUGCCAUUUAAUCCUGGUUCUAUUGAAUGGGCUACUUUGCUUGGUGCAUGUAGGAAGCACGGAAAUGUGAAGCUAGCAAUGAAAGCAGUUGCAGCUCCGUAUGUAAUGCUUUCAAAUAUGUAUGCAAGUGACGGUAGAUGGGAAGAGGCAGCAAGAUUGAAACGGCUGAUGCAUGAAAGAGGAGUGAAGAAGAAACCAGGUUGUAGUUGGAUCGAGAUAGAUAAGAAGGUGCAUGUCUUUGUAGCUGAAGAUACUUCACAUCCAAGGAUAAAAGAGAUUCACAAGUACAUGGGGGAGUUAUUAAGGAAAUUGAAGCAAGCAGGGUAUGUAGCAGAUAUAAGAUUGGCAUUGGUGAAAGAUGAAGAGGUAGAAUCAGAAGAGAAAGAAAGAAGGUUAUGGCAUCACAGUGAGAAGUUGGUAAUUGCUUUUGGUCUGAUCUCCACUGAAGAAGGUGCCCUAAUACUUGUUGUGAAAAACCUAAGAAUCUGUUGUGAUUGCCAUAAUGCUAUCAAACUUAUAUCAGUCAUUUUCGGUAGGGAAAUCACUGUUAGAGAUACUCGCCGGUUUCAUUGCUUUAAGGAAGGGCAGUGUUCAUGCAGGGAUUAUUGGUGA